UCUCUUUCACUCAUGGUCAAAAUAUUGAAUUCCUUCUCUCGUUGUAUUUAAACAAACACCCAACAAUCAUGCCUCACAACGACCGACCCCCCAUCCGGAUCGGCAAUGUCUCCGGCGCCACAGGCGACCACCCACAUGCAAUGUCACGCAUGCUCCGGUCGGGAGCUGUCGAUGUGAUUACAGGAGACUGGCUCUCGGAGAUGAACAUCGCGUGGAAUGCGAUCGCAAAGCAAGAAGUUGAUUCCAGACUGGGGUACGAGCCCGGGUUCUUCGAGCAGUUGGAUGAGUGUCUGGAUGAGAUCAUGCAAAAGAAUGUGAAGGUCGUUACGAAUGCCGGGGCACUGAAUACCACUGCGCUCUUUGAAAAGGUGAAAAAGCUGUGCCAGAGGAGGGGGUAUAGCGAUUGUGUGGUGGCAAUGGUGUUGGGAGAUGAUUUGUCCGAGUUGGUCACCGGUGGGAAAGGAAAGGGGGGAAUUGUCCAUUUGGAUAAUCCGGAUAUGACGCUGGAGAAGUGGGAGUUUGAGCCCUGCUGCGCAACGGCGUAUAUUGGGUGCUGGGGCAUUGUGGAGGCGCUGCGCGCUGGCGCUCAUAUUGUCAUAUGUGGAAGAUGUACCGAUGCGUCGCCGGUUAUGGGUGCUGCGGCAUGGUGGCAUGGCUGGAAAGAAGAGCAGUAUGCCGAGUUGGCCGGGUCGUUGGUCGCAGCACAUUUGAUUGAAUGUGGGCCAUAUGUUGUCGGUGCGAACUUUUCGGGCUUCAAGGACUUCAUGCCGGGGCUUGUUGAUCUAGGGUUUCCGGUGGCUGAGAUCGAUGUAUUCGGGCGCUGUGUGAUUGAGAAGACAAGCGAGGGCGGAGGACAUGUGACGAAGGAGACGGUUACUGCACAGCUGCUGUAUGAGCUUCAGGGUCAUUUGUAUCUUAACCCAGACGUUGUGGCGGAUCUGUCUGGUGUCACUGUUGAGCAGCAGCCCCGGGGUGUGGACCGAGUAUGCGUGCACGGCGUGAAGGGUCUGGCACCACCAUCAACGACAAAGGUCAUGGUCGCAGGCAAGGGAGGCUUCCAGGCCGAGGCAACGUUUUAUAUAAACGGCCUAGAUGUGGAGGAGAAGGCCGAAAUGAUGAAAGCUCAGUUGGCGCAUAUCUUCAAGGACAGCAACUUCAGCAAACUGAACAUCGAGUUACUGGGCUCUGCGGCUUCGAAUCCUCAAUCACAACAGUCUGGCACGGUACCGCUGAGGGUGUUUGCCCAGGCCCGGCGAAAAGAAGAUAUCGAUGAGAGGAAAUUCAAAGUGCCCAUCUAUGCCCUGAGGAUGCAAAGCUACCCUGGCUAUCACAUGAACCUCGAUUUCCGAACCAUGUCUCCUAGACCAUUCAUGGAGAUGUUCCCCGGCUUGAUUCCCAUCGCCGACAUCGAUCAUCGGGUGCAGAUGAGUACUGGGGAAAUCUUGCACGUUGACCCCCCGAAAUGUGGCGUUUCCACAUAUCCUGUCGUGCGGCCUUCCUCGGACACCGCUAAUCCUGCUGACCUUCUUGCUUUUGGGCCAACCGAGCUCGCACCGCUAGGGAGUAUAGUCCAUGCUAGGUCGGGCGAUAAAGGCGACAAUUCGAAUAUAGGGUUCUUUGUUCGCCAUAGCGAUGAGUAUGAAUGGCUCCGUUCAGCAUUGACCAUUUCCAGGUUGAAACAGUUACUGGGUGAUGAUUGGUACAGGGGAGAUCCUCAGCGUCGAGUUGAGCGAGUUGAGUUCCCAAAUAUACAUGCGGUUCAUUUUCGAAUACUCAACAAUCUGGAUGGUGGAAUAGCCUCUUCGGGAAGGAUUGACGGCCUAGGAAAGGGCCUUGGUGAAUACUUGCGGAGCAGAUUCAUCGAGAUACCGCGAAUUUUCCUCACUAGAGGGAAGAUAUAGAAUUGACUUUAUAUAGAAUACCGGCGUAUAUAGACCAAAGAAUUGAUUC